AUGUCGAAGAGACAAGCUGAGCUGCCCCUAGACGAUAAUUACCCGGGAUCGCCCGCUUCGAAAAAGGCUCGUGUGGAUGAUGAUGCUGAAGGUGUUUCCCGCAACGGCGGCGUGCUCGCGCAGCGAGCCAACGACUGGGACAUGGAAGCAGAUGAGCGCAAUGGCGCAGAUAUUCUGGCAGCUGCGGACCUAGAGGGGGAGGAGCUGCAGGAAGGUGCACAAGAUCCUUCAGGAUCUUCGGACAUCGAUGAAGACGUCUCCGCCCUCAGCGCGCCCAAACGCCAGACUCGGCCAAUGGAAGGGUACGACGACCUCUACCUUGACACCGUCAACCGCGGAGUGUUGGAUUUCGAUUUCGAGAAGCUGUGCUCCGUCACCCUCUCCAACAUCAACGUGUAUGCUUGCCUCGUUUGCGGCAAAUAUUUCCAAGGUCGCGGUCCGAAGUCGCAUGCGUAUUUUCACGCCCUCGAGGUCGGACACCAUGUCUUCAUCAAUAUGGGAACGAAGAAGGUCUAUGUUUUACCGGAGGGAUACGAAGUCAAGAGCAAGAGCUUGGAGGAUAUAAAAUACGUGGUCGAUCCGCAAUUUACCAAAUCGGAGGUUGUGAAGCUCGACAAGGAGGUCCACGACGCCUGGGACCUCUCAGGUUCUCGGUACAGACCAGGUUUUGUCGGCAUGAACAAUAUCAAGGCCAAUGACUACUUGAAUGUUGUCGUACAGCUUCUGGCGCAUGUCCAUCCCAUCCGGAACUUCUUCCUCCUCCACGAGUUCCCAACGCCGGGUACACCACAACUCGCUCUUCGCUUCAGUACUCUUGUACGCAAACUCUGGAAUCCGAAGGCAUUCCGGUCCCAUGUGUCGCCACAUGAACUGCUGCAAGAGAUUGCAGUGCGAUCAUCCAAGCGCUUUACCCUCACCCAACAAUCCGACCCUGUGGAAUUCCUAUCUUGGUUCCUGAACAACCUUCAUCUCUCCUUGGGCGGAUCCAAAAAGCCAUCUUCGACCCCCACGAGCGUCAUCCAAGCCGCUUUCCAGGGCCAGCUGCGGAUUGAGAGCCAGGCUAUCACCGCACACUCCGAUACCCAGAACGCCCGUUUGGUGUUCACAGAAUCUGGAGACAUCAAAAGUCAAGUUACGCCCUUCCAGAUUCUCACCCUCGACCUGCCCCCAACGCCACUCUUCCAAUCGGCAAACCGGGAAUCUAUUAUUCCACAAGUACCUCUGACCACUCUCCUCAACAAGUACAACGGUCGUGAGGCCUCCGAAAAGAUGGCGCAUCGUGUCCGACACCGCCUCCUCCAUCCUCUCCCGCCGUACCUCUUCUUCCAUAUCAAACGCUUCAGCAAAAAUCGCUUCGUUAGCGAGCGCAACCCCACCAUCGUUACUUUUCCCUCCCCGCGCUCCCUUGACAUGUCCCCAUAUGUUGAGCCCAACCCAGCUCUCUGCCCUCCUAGCGAGCCUAUUCUAUACGAUCUGGUGGCCAACAUUAUCCUCGACCCUUCUGUUGCCGCACCUGGUGCUACCGAUGAUGCAGCUGACAAGGGUGUGAAUGCUGCCUCUGGUACCGGCGGCUCCUCGUCGGGAGCUGGUGCAGGCAGCGAAAAGGUCUCUUGGCUUGUCCAGCUGCACGACAAAGCUGUAUCCGCUGAGAAUGCGCGCCACGCUAGCGGCGGCACGGCAGAGCAGCAACAGCGUAACUCAGAGUGGCUGGAGGUCCAAGAUCUUUUUGUCAAGCGUGCUGAGACCGAGACUUUGUUCACACGCGAGGGAUAUUUGAUGGUUUGGGAGCGGCGAAAGGCCCCUGCGCAGAAGGGGAAGGGUAAAGGCAAAUGA